AUGAAGCUCUUGGUCUUAAUAUCAACACUCGUGGCUACGUCGUCAGCCACCCCUCAAGGCUACAGCUUAGGCACACCUUCAGGACCAAGUUUUGGAAUUGGAGGUUCAGGCUCAGGAUUUGGCUCAGGUGGAUGCGGUCCCGGACAGGUGCUUCACAUCGAUGGCAGGUGCGUCACUCCACGCGUCAGCCAUAAAGUUUACUUAUAUGACGCACCACCAGCACCACCAAUUACACAUGGUCCUCCACCGUACAUCCCUGAGCCAACCAUAGACACAAACAUCGUAUUCAUCCGAACUCCUGAAGGAGGACAAGGGCCAGAUCCCAUCGUUAUACCUCCACCACAGCAGAGGCACGUCCUGUAUGUUCUCAACAAACAGACACAACAGGGACAGGAAGUGAUUGAAGUGCCAGCACCACCAGCAACUAGUCCUGAAGUUUACUUCGUGAACUAUGCUGAUGGCGAGAACCCAGUACUUCCUAGCGGUGUUGAUCUACAGAGUGCCUUGAACGCAGCUUCUCAAGGAGGCGGUCAAGUGAUUGGUGGUGGUGACGGAGGUGUCGGCGGUGGUUUCGGAGGCAGCGGAGGUGUUGGUGGUGGUUUUGGAGGAGGAAUUAGCGGUGGAUUUGGAGGUGGUGUUGUUGGCGGAGGUUUCAUAAGCGGUGGCGAUAGUGGAGAACUCAUCUCUGGUGGAAGUGGCGGUGGAUUCAUCACAGGUGGCGUUGUUUCCACCCCCUCAAAUCUUUACAGUACACCAUAG